AUGGAUUCCUCUCAGAAGUUGAAGCCUUUCUCCACCAAUGUCUUCUUCCUUGUCGUCCUCUUCUCCACCAAUUUUCUUACCUUUUUAUUCUCCUCCAGCCUCUAUUCCUCGUGUUCAAUUACUCCUUCCACCACACAUGUUGCUGCUGUUGAUGACCCAGUAUCAGAUAAUGUUAUUAACUCUCAAACUACUACAGACCUCCCCACUGAAUUUAUCUCCUUCACAUCUCCACAGCUACUUCCAUUUGGGUUCACCACCAACUUUGAUUCAGACUCUAUCAUCGCUCCUGUUGGCCAUCCAUGCACCUUCUUCGCCAAUGACCUCAGCCGCUACAUGUCAUACAGAGUCAAUGGCUCUUGCCCUGAUGACGAGCUCUUUGCCCAAAAGCUCCUCCUCAAGGGCUGUGAGCCGCUCCCCCGCCGCCGCUGCCGCCCCACCACUCCGAAUGAAUAUCAAGAACCAUAUCCCCUUCCUGCUAGCCUAUGGUCCACUCCACCCGACUCAUCUGUGGUGUGGACAGCCUACACGUGCAAGAACUACUCCUGCCUCAUCAACCGAAAGCGCAACCAAAAGGGCUUCGAUGACUGCAAAGACUGUUUUGAUCUAGAGGGCACUGAGAGAUAUCGUUGGAUUGGAUCCAAGAGCGGACACAAUGAGCUGGACUUCACCAUUGAUGAAGUACUUGAAAUGAAGAAGCGGGGCACGGUUCGAAUAGGUCUGGACAUUGGAGGUGGCGCAGGAACUUUUGCUGUGAGAAUGUUGGAGAGGAACAUAACUAUUGUGACAACAUCCAUGAACUUGAAUGGCCCUUUCAACAGCUUUAUAGCAUCCAGAGGGGUUGUUCCUUUGUACAUAAGCAUUUCUCAGAGGCUGCCAUUCUUCGAUAAUACCCUUGAUAUUGUGCACUCUAUGCAUGUAUUGAGUAAUUGGAUCCCCAACACGCUGCUGCAUUUCCUGUUAUUUGACAUCUAUAGGGUUCUGAGGCCAGGCGGGCUGUUUUGGCUAGACCACUUCUUCUGUAUGGAUGAGCAGAUGGAGGAGGUGUACAAACCACUAAUUGAGAGUGUUGGCUUCAAAAAGUUGAAGUGGGUUGUGGGGAAAAAGCUUGACAGAGGGCCCAAGCUCAGGGAGAUGUAUCUUUCGGCUUUGUUGGAGAAGCCUUUGAGGAAUCAUGGCUGA